GUUUGCAAAACAUUGAUGCUACGCCAUCGAUGAAAGCAGUGAAAGCAUCAAAUCAAUCGCAGAAACAUGCGCUACGAGCCCAUCAGCGGCAAUGGCAUCCAUUUCUCUCCGCUCUUCUCGAAGAAAUGAAGGGCUCGCGACCAGAUCCUCCACGAGGAAGAAUGUCGCGGUGCGCCCCGGGAGCGGCAACAACCACAGCAAUGCCUACACGACGCAGCACCUGUCGAAUAUAGGCCGGAAGAAGCGACUGCGAGAUUCUACAGACGGCGAGGAGCAUUCGAUCCGGGCCAAAAGGGCCAAGAUCGCGGUUGAGAUACUCCCACGGCCGAAGGCUCAGCCAAAAACACGGUCGCUCGUCGUCAGAUCAAACGCGAGCUCGGAUGAUGCCCCCCAGCCUGCUGCACCGCUACCCCAAACCACGACUGCACCACAGACCGAGCCAGUUCCACCACCGCGGAAGCCAACCAAACACCACGAUAAGGUCGUCAAUGGCAUCAAGCACGAGCUCGAUCGCUUACAAGCAAAUGCAGCAGACCUCAAGGAUGAGAAACGGAAAUUGCGCUCGCAGGAAGGCGCGCGGUUCAAGAGUGAACUGUCGGCUUACUUUCCUGAGUACGACGAGGUAAUCGGGAAUGAGCCUAAGGAGGAACAUUUGCUGAACUACGAGACACCCAUAAUCCUCGUUGAUAAUGGCACCAAGACGAAACCACUACAUCCCGCCGCGCGCAAGACGAACGGUCAAACACACGAAUAUCCCCUCAAAGAGUUCCCAGACUCCCUUUUUGACGACCUAAACGAUGCGCAAAGAGUGGAUUUCUCGUUCCUGGACCCUCAUCCUAACGAAGGGGAGGCAGAGGAUCCUCUCUCGGAUGCUUACUUUGAACGAAUACAUCGGAAGCCAGUGCGGCAGGAGAAGACCAUCCGGAAUACCGACAGAGGCCGUGCUCAACAUGAGCGAAAUCAAGUGAUAAGAUUACUGGAGGGUCUACAAGGCCACGACUGGCUGAAGUUAAUGGGAGUGAGUGGCGUAACGGACAGUAAGAGGAAAGAUUUCGAGCCAGCACGCGCGUACUUUAUCAAAGGUUGCGAGGUAAUUCUUGAGAAGUUCCGCGCAUGGAGAGAGCAGGAAAAGCGCCAGAAACUUGAGAAGGAACAGGCAAUGGUAGAAGCGGAGGCUGAAGAAGUAGAAGAAGAAGAAGUGGGAACGGAGGAGGCGGCAGAGUAUUUCAGCGACGGCGAUCCUCCAGACUACAGCGAUGUGGAUGCUUCAGCAGCUAGACAGCUUCAUGAAGAAGCCAUAGCUCGGUCAGCUGCACAUCUCGCCUCGAGACAGGAAAGACGAACGAAGGUUGAGCCGACUCGGCCAGCCCACAAGCUGGAAAAGGACUUCACAUCCUUUUUUGCGAAACCGUAUCUGAGGGAAGCAGCCCUUGGCAAGCAUCGGCGGAGCGGGAGGAGUGUUGCGGCCUGGGGCCAUCCUAUCCCUGAGGUUCCGCAGAGUGAUUUCAACCUACCAGAAGAGUUCAGAGACGAGGAGACGUUGAAGACGCAUGCAAGGCGAAAGAGGAGAGACAGAAGGGUUGAUAAAGAUUAACAUUUGAAAAUAUGGGUGGGUCGAAAAUUCAAAGCCGAAUCGAAAGUGCUUCAUUUGGCUGGGCUUGGGUUCGGUUGUAUCAUUGGAGCUUCUGGUAUUGGCAGAGCAAUUCGAGCGAAGGCGUUCGGGUAUGGGGUCAAUUCUUCCCUGGAUUGUGUACAAUUAUGUAUGAUAGAAUCACAGCCUCUCUGAAGUGGGUUGAUAUUGUAACAGCGAAAGGAACAC